AUGAAAAAUUAUUUUGAUUUUAGUGGUUAUAUUAGAUAAAUAUAGAAAGAACCUUAUGCUGAUGUAUUUAUCCAUUAUAUUAUUAGAUAAGCAGUUAAUUUUUGCAUUUGGUCUUUUUAUCUUUUCAAGCAGGAGCAUCUAAUAAUGAUCCUAUGAUUUUAAAUAAAUCAUAGUACUUUAUCAACUAAAUUUAAAAUGCUUACCUUUAAAAGAAUAUAUCUCUGUAAGAAAUAUAAUAAUUAUACGAUGGCUUUAUAAACGGAAACAAAAGAAUUGAUCAAGAAGUUCCUGAUGUUACUUUUGAAAGUGAAUUUUAUAUUGAUUCAUCAUCAUCUAUUUUUUCAUAAAUAGAAAAAAAACUUGACCUAUAAUUAGAGAAUCCAAAUAUAAAAUAACAAAAGGAAGAACCCCAAUAAGAAAUAAAAAGAGAAGCAAUAAAAGAAGAAAAUAAAAAAAAAAUCUCAAUAUAAGAAGUAAAAUAAGGGAAUUUAGCUGCAGAAGAAGAUUAAAGAUUAAAUGCAGAGUUAUAAAAUUAAAAUAGAUAAAUUGACAAUUCCUUAAUUUAGGAUAACUAAAAAUAAAUAGAUAUUUAGAUACCCAAAAUUAAAGAUAUUUAUUUAAUGUCAAUUGAUUAAUCAUAAAAAGUAAAGUAGCAACAGUAUGAGGAAUAUAGAAAAAAAGAAAGUGAAAAAUCUAUGAUUUUUUCAUAAAGAAAUUAGAGAAGAUAAAAUUAUUAAAAUACAUAAUGUAACAUUUGCUUAGAGUAAAUAUAAUCCAAUAAAUAUGUACUUAUGGCUUGUUAACACAUUUUUCAUAAAUAAUGUUUAGAAAACUUAAUAAAAGCAUAAGCUGAUCUUCCGAUUAGAUGCCCUAACUUUGAAUGUAAAUAAGAAAUCUUGAGAGAUGAUUUAGAAAAUAUCACUACAAAAUAAAUAAUGGAUAAAUUAGAUAAAUUUGCUUUCAAUUAAUAUUUAUUAAGAAAUCCAAACAUUUUUUAAUGUCCAACUCAAAACUGUAAAGGUGUUUAUGAGAUAGAAGGAUUUACAUAAGUAUGCAUGAUAUGCCAACAAAUAUUUUGCACGAAAUGCAAAAAACAAUACCACGAAGGAAUUUGUGGAGAACAGAGUUUUGUAAAAGUUGCUAAAGAAUAAAAUUAUAGUUAAUGUUCUAGUUGUAAAAGGUGGAUAGAGAAAACCUUUGGAUGUAAUCAUAUAUCUUGUCCAUGUGGAUAUGAAUUUUGUUAUGUCUGUGGUAAAUAAUGGUAAAAAGGAUAAGAAUGUAGAUGUAUAUAUCUUCUUCCACACAACCAAUAAUAAUAAUAAUAAUAAUAAUAAUAAUAGCGUUAGAGAAUAUCAUAAAAUUAAACAAGAGCUCAAUAAAUAUAAGAUGGCUUCAAUCUUAUCUAAUUAUUAGCAAAUAAUAAUAACAAUCAUAAUAUUUAAAAUUAAUAUGGUUAAUAUAAUAAUGCUCUCUAAGGUCUUGGAUUAACAUAUAUACUUAGAAUUUUGAGAGAUUAUAAUUGA